CAAGGAAGCAAGUAUGUUAUAGUUUUUAUACAGUUAAGAUUUUCAUAUUUUAUUAUUAAAAAUACGUUUAUUUUACAUUUAUAAUUAGUAUUGGAGUAACUUAAAACUUUUUUGGAUACAGCUUUUAGUUAUGUGUGUGCAAUAUUUUAAAAUUACUGAACUCUGAUUAGGAUAUGUGCAGAAUGUUCGUAAUUGACCAGUAAUUUCCAGCAACAAUGUUCAAUUUAUUCAACGGAAUUCUAUCAUCAUCUGGUUCGGGAUACAUACCGGAGAUGGAACAGAAAAUCAGUCAAUUAGAGCGAGGUACGCUAGUAACGAAGUACUCUUGGAGAAAGAGGCCGGAACGGAAGACAUUGGCCAUCCGAAGAGAAACCAAACAACUGAUAUGGACGAGGAAACCUGCCAUCGACGGUGCUGUUAACUUGUACGAAGUCAAAGAAAUCAGACCAGGUACUUUAUCCAAAGAUUUUGAAAAAUGGCCCGAAGAAUCUAAAAAGCUGGAGAAUAAAUGUUUCGUUGUGUACUAUGGAACUGAAUUUAAUCUUAAAACUUUAAGUAUUUCUGCCUUUUCUGAAGCGGAAUGUGCACUUUGGUUGACAGGAUUAAAAUAUUUAGUUGAAGAUACUAUAAAAGCGCCAUAUCCUUUACAUAUCCAAAGCUGGCUACGAAGAGAAUUUUAUGCCAUGGAGAGUCCGAGAGAAACAAUAACCCUAAAAGAUCUGAAAUCGUUCUUCCCUAAAAAAUUACCAAAUAACAAAUUAAGAGAAAUUUUCAAUGAGUUUGAUACUAGGAAAAAGGCCGAAAUAGGAUUCGACGAUUUUACCAGUUUGUAUCAAAAGAUGAUAUUGGAGGAAAGUAUGGCUAGUGAAUUGUUUGAUAAGUUAUCAGAAUAUUCUUCCAAUUUCAAGGCCGUAAACUUGCCAGACAUGGUUAGUUUUUUCGUUAACGAACAAGAAGAAUCUCUUGGCAACGACGACAGAGCCGUUAGUCAGUUUAUAUGUGAUUUUCUGAAAGACCCUCAACGGGAAGUUCAAGAACCUUUUUUAACGAUACCCGAAUUCUUAGAUUUUCUAUUUUCCAAGCAAAAUGAUCUGUGGGAUCCCAAGAAAAAUACUGUGUAUCAAGAUAUGUCUCAACCGAUGUCGCAUUAUUGGAUCUCUUCUUCUCAUAACACGUAUUUAACGGGUGACCAGUUUUCUAGUGAAUCUUCAGUCGAAGCUUAUGUUAGAUGUUUAAGAAUGGGUUGUAGGUGUAUCGAACUGGAUUGUUGGGAUGGUCCUGAUGGUUAUCCAUUCAUUUACCACGGUCAUACGCUGACGACCAAAAUUAAGUUCAUGGACGUCAUUAAGACGAUUAAAGAACAUGCCUUCGCUACAUCAGAAUAUCCUGUUAUAUUAUCUAUUGAAGACAAUUGUACGUUACCUCAACAAAAGAAGAUGGCGUCCGCUAUGCAGGAAGUUUUCGGUGACAUGCUCCUGACCCAGCCAGUGGAAAGUGGAGAAACAAAGCUUCCCUCACCAUACGCACUUCGCAGAAAAAUCAUCUUAAAACACAAAAAACUCCCAGAAGGCCAAGACGAAAGCUCCUUCUUAGUCAGGAACGAUGCCACUGACAUGGACCUUCGAAACUCGUGCAAAAACGGAAUCAUGUACCUAAAAGACUGCGUAGAUAAGGAAUGGAAUCCACAUUUUUUCGUUCUGACCCAAAGUAAGCUGUUCUAUUUCGAUAGUUAUAAGUUGAAUCAAGAAUCUGAAAAGUCCGAAGAAGAAGAAGAUAGCGGGUCGUUCCAAGGGCCGAAAAAUGUUCCUAACGAAGAGCUGCAUUUUAGUGAAAAAUGGUUUCAUGGGAGGUUACCGGGCGGUAGAGAAGAAGCCGAGCAGUUGUUGAGAGCUUAUUCCCAUUUAGGUGAUGGCACUUUCUUAGUAAGAGCAAGCGUCACAUUCGUGGGCGAAUACUGUCUUUCGUUUUGGCGAAACGGUCAAGUGAACCAUUGCAGAAUUCGUUCGAAACAAGACAAACAAAUCAAAAAGUACUACCUCAUAGAAGCGAAAUUUUUCGACAGUUUAUACAGUCUCAUCACCCACUACCGAACAACACCUCUAGUCACAGCUGAUUUUUCGAUAACUCUACAAGAACCAGUACCACAACCGAAUCUGCACGAGAACGAAGAGUGGUACCACAAGAAUACGGGAAAGAAUCAAGCGGAAGAAAUUUUGAAGAGGAAUAAAACUGAAGGAGCUUUUCUAGUCAGGCCCAGUGAGAAUGAUACUAAUUGUUAUACUAUUAGUUUUAGAGCUGAUAAGAAGAUUAAACACUGUAGAAUAAAACUCGAAGGACGAUUGUAUACGAUUGGAAACGUCGAAUUCGAAAGUCUGGUAUCUUUAAUAAACUAUUACCAGAACCAUCCAUUGUACAGGAAAGUCAAACUCAGUGAAGCGAUCAAUGAGGAUAUGGUUAGAAGAAUGACAACGGAACAAGACGAUGUAUUAUCAUACACAACACCAUCAUACAUGGACCCCAGCAGUAUUAAUUCCAGCGUUACUUGCAUAGCCAUCUAUGACUACCGAGCUAAGCAAAACGAUUUCUUGAGUUUCUGUAAGCAUGCGAUCAUCACCAACGUAAACAAAAAUACCGAUUGUCCAGGAUGGUGGAAAGGAGAUUAUGGUGGAUUGAGGCAGAGAUAUUUUCCACAAGAUUGUGUAAGAGAAAUCGAAAGGUCGGAAACGCAUGAGAUAGAUGAAGCAUCUGGAGAAUCUGCAUUACAAGGCAGUUUGGACAUGAACGGAGUUUUUGCUAAUUACGGAAAACAACCAGGACAUGCCUUUGAAUGGAUAGUUAGAAUAAGUCCUUCUACUGCUUGUCCACCUCUCGAAUGUGGAGUUCAAACUGAGGAAUUGGCCCAAGAAUGGUGCGGAGCUAUUUUGACUGUCUCUCAGGUAGCAUCACGCAUAGAAACACAACACCGAGAAAUGGAAAGAGCGUUCAAAAUUGCGAAAGAAAUGUCGAAUCUUAUAAUUUAUUGUCAAAGUACCACUUUUAAUAUGGAAAGGGUGAAGCAACAGAUGUUCGUGUUUUAUGAAAUGUCAUCUUUCCCAGAAAACAAGGCUGAAAAAUUGAUAUGCCAACAAAUGAGGAAAUUCUUUUUGAAAUACCAUCAGCAUCAGUUUUCAAGGGUGUAUCCCAAAGGCCAAAGAAUCGAUUCUUCCAACUACAACCCUAUUAACAUUUGGAACUGUGGUUCCCAAAUGGUAGCUUUAAACUUCCAAACAGGAGGGAAGCCCAUGCAACUUAACCAGGCUAAGUUCAGGGACAACGGCAAUUGUGGAUAUUUGCUAAAGCCGACCUUUAUGUUGCAUGAUUAUUUCGAUCCGUACGAGAAAAACACACUGGUUGGUAUCGAACCCCUAAAUAUUUCAAUAAGAGUAAUUGCCGGACGACAUCUUUGCAGGCUGAAAAAAGGAACUGCAAGUCCGUUUGUAGAGAUUGAAGUUAUCGGUGCUGUAUACGAUUCAGGAAUAAAACUAGUUACCAAAAAUAUUGUUGAUAACGGAUUAAAUCCUAAAUGGAACGAAGAAAUAUGUGAGUUUACUGUAACUAAUCCAGAUUUUGCAUUAUUGAGAUUCCUUGUACAAGACGUAGAUGUUUUUGGAGAACCUAAUUUCAUCGGCCAGGCUAGUUAUCCUGUUACCUGCUUGAGGACAGGAUACCGAAGCGUUUGGCUGAAAAACGCUUACAGUGAAGAUUUAGAACUGUCAUCUUUAUUGAUACACAUCAGCAUAAAGACGGCCUCAACCAUUUAAUCGUUUUUGUAUCAAAGAUCGAUGGUUAUUCAGGUUAGAACACAGUCUUCUUUUUGGGGAAGGAAUCAUGAAUGUGGAACUCACAUCCACUCACAGACGGUAAAUAAAUCCAUAUUAUUCUGAAUUAAAGUUUCUGCUUAAAUUUAUUAAAUAUAAAUUAUUACUCGUUUAAUGUUUGUGUCUACCCUGUAAUCUAUUUUUUAGCUAAUCUCAAGUUAUUUGAAGCAUCUCAA